UUAAAUAAUGUUGAAAGAAAUGAAAGAAGGCCACGUAUAAUCAGACCAAGAAUUAAUUAUAUGGAAAUAUUUGAUGAAAUAGAUUUCCGAAAAAGGUUUAGAAUAUCUAAAAAUAAUUUUAUGACGGUAUUAGAAAGAAUUGAAGAUGAAAUUCGUCAUAAAUCUGAUCGUAUGGGACAGUGGGGAGUUUUGAAGCAUGGGGAGUUGCGAAGCAUCUCAUUACACUAUCCAAUAACUCCACCAGAACACCUUUACAAUGAGGCUCAAAUUAGAACUCGCUCAAUAGUUGAACGAUUUUUUGGAAUUUGGAAAGAGAGAUUUGCAGUUUUAUCAAUUGGAAUGCGUUUUCAAACAAUUGAAAAAGUACUUCCCAUUAUUAUGGCGACAGCUGUAUUACAUAAUAUUGUCCAACAGAAUAUUCAACAAGAUCGAAUUGAUCCCCAUGCAUACAAUAAUACUGUUGCAGUAAUGCAAAAUAUAGAUAAUAGGAAUGUCCAUGAUAAACGACGAGUAAUUGUGGAAUAUUUUGGAAGAUUGAUUUGAACACUAUUAUUAACAUCGGAAUCAAAAGGCUUGAGCAAUCCAUAUGUUGCAUCUAUUAUUUAUUUGGCACGUUCAUGAAAAGCAUUGUUUUUGUUAUUUCUCUGCCGACAAAUGUAAUA